UACAUUUUCAUCCGCCCGUCCUAGGGGGAAAGGAGAGGUCACUCAACAAACCAUACAAAAGAGAGCAGCACAUCUGCAGCUUAUCUUGCAGCAAGUUAUACGCAAAUCUCAUCAAUGCUCUCAUUGUCACCCGACAUAAUAUGCUAGAUGAAAAUCAUCAUCUGAUACAGUGCAUUAUGGACUAUCAGAGCAAAGGAAAAACAGCAGAAUGUACACAGUAUCAGCAGAUACUGCACAGAAAUUUGGUCUACCUAGCAACAAUAGCAGACUCUAAUCAGAAUAUGCAGUCUCUGUUACCAGCGCCUCCCAACCCCAAUAUAAACAUAGGUCCAAGUGGGCUGGGGCAGGGUGCUGGCUCUCAGUCUCUGCACUCUCAGACUAAUAUGAAUGAUAGUAUGGGCUCUGGCCUGCCGCCCACCUCACUAAUGCAGAGCCAAAUAAGCAACGGCCCCAGCCACGCCCCCAUGCUGCAGCAGCCCACUACAUCCAUGAGCCUGCCCGCCAGCAGCCAUGGCGCGGGGCCUGGGUACAGCCAUUCUCAGGGCACUCCGCUCCAGGGUCAGGGGGGCUACUCGUCCUCGGCCUCUCGAGCCAACCUCAACAUGCAGUCCAGCCAAGUUUCUAUGAUGCAUCAGCAAGGCUCUGGACCACAUUACUCAUCCAGCUCUGGUGGGGCUCAGCACUACCAGGGCCAGCAAACGGUCGGGAUGAUGGGACAAGGGAACCAGGGUGGCGGCAUGAUGCCACAGAGGCCCAUGGGAAGUUAUCGUGCCCCACAGCAAGGAUCUGCCCCGCAGUACAUGGGCCAGGACGAGUUCUACAGCGAGCAGUACGGACACGCUCAAAGCUCCAGCGAGCCUGUUAGCCAGCAGUAUUACUCAGAUGGUCAUGGAGAGUAUUCAUAUCAACAGUCUUCAUAUGGGGAACAGGGCUAUGAGAGAUCCUUUGACGAGUCCUCACAACACUAUUAUGAAGGCGGUGAGUCCAAUAAAGGAAACUCUCAAUACAGUCAACAGCAGUCACAGUACCAGCAGGGGUCCGGACAGCACCAGCCAUUCAGUCAACAGCAGUACCCUUCACAAGCAGGCUACAGUGCUCAGCCUCAGGGAUACGGCCCGGGGCAAACGACCUCGUCUCAGUACUCUCAAUAUCAGCAAGGUCAGGGUCAGCAGUACACCUCAUACCGCUCCUCAUCACAGCCGGGACCCGCUGCUCAGUCACAGAGAUCCUACACCUUUGAACAGGGUCAGUAUGGAAACUAUCAGCAAUAAAGCAACUAUGGAAAGGUGGAAAUGAAUAAUGAUGCUUGUUUUUGGCAGUCAUUAAUGUACAGCCCUAAUUAUACUGAAGAACAGGAAAAUGGAGGCUUCUGUAUCAGUCCCUGAUCACAGGUGUGCCACUGAAUCAAAUGCUAUAUAAUACAUUUUAUGAGUGAUAUAUUAAUUACAGUAUCUGUUUAUAAACAUCUUGGUGGAAAGGACAAGUCAAAUAUAAUGACAGAUACAAGGGUCUGUAGUUUUAAAUUCAAUCCUGCUUUUAUCAAGUAGGAUGGGCCGUUUAUACCUGUGGACUGUAGCCUCAGUACAGAUACAUUUGCUUUUUUCUGGAAAUAUUUGUUUAUUUUGCACUUUAAGUUUUACUGAUGACUGACUGAAUAAAUAUUGUUCAGAUAGCACAACUCUCUCACAGCAUAUCUUUGAGGUAUCCAUGUUCUUUUUUAUUAUUAUUUUAUUUUAUUAUUAUUUACUACUGUAAACAAUUUUAUAAUUGAUGGGGACACAGACUUGCAGGUCUUGGCCCUGUUAAAAAAUGGCCAAAGUUGAAAACAUAAACAUUUAAUAUGUUGUAUACAGUAUAGAUUUAUUUAUUAGAAUCAUUAUACACUGGUGGUCAGAAGUUUGGAAUAAUGUACAGAUUUUGCUCUUAAGGAAAGAAAUUGGUACUUUUAUUCACCAAAGUGGCAUUCAACUGAUCACAAUGUAUAGUCAGAACAUUAAUAAAGUGAAAAAUUACUAUUACAAUUUAAAAAAAAUAAAUUCAGAACUUAAACUGCUUCAAAGUGUUCUCAUCCAAAAAUCCUCCACGUGCAGCAAUGACAGCUUUGCAGAUCCUUGGCAUUCUAGCAGUCAGUUUGUCCAGAUACUCAGGUGACAUUUCACCCCACGCUUCCUGUAGCACUUGCCAUAGAUGUGGUUGUCUUGUCUGGCACUUCUCACGCACCUUACAGUCUAGCUGAUCCCACAAAAGCUCAAUGAGGUUAAGAUCCAUAACACUCUUUUCCAAUGAUCUGUUGUCCAAUGUCUGUGUUUCUUUGUCCACGCUAACCUUUUCUUUUUGUUUUUCUGUUCCAAAAGUGGCUUUUUCUUUGCAAUUCUUCCCAUAAGGCCUGCACCCCUGAGUCUUCUCUUUACUCUUUUACAUGAAACUGGUGUUGAGCAUGUAGACUUCAAUGAAGCUGUCAGCUGAGGACGUGUGAGGUGUCUAUUUCUCAAACUAGAGACUCUGAUGUACUUAUCCUCUUGUUUAGUUGUACAUCUGGCCUUCCACAUCUCUUUCUGUCUUUGUUAGAGCCAGCUGUCCUUUGUCUUUGAAGACUGUAGUGUACACCUUUGUAUGAAAUCUUCAGUUUUUUUGGCAAUUUCAAGCAUUGUAUAGCCUUUAUUCCUCAAAACAAUGAUUGACUGACGAGUUUCUAGAGAAAGCCGUUUCUUUUUUGCCAUUUUUGACCUAAUAUUGACCUUAAGAUAUGCCAUCUAUUGCAUACUGUGGCAACUCAAAAACAAACAAAGUGUGUAACAAACCAAAUAGCUUUCAAGUGUGUUUGAUAUGUGAUUUUCUAGUACCAAAUUAUCAAUUUAGCAAUGAUUACUCAAGGAUAAGGUAUUGGAGUGAUGGCUGCUAGAAAUGGGGCCUGUCUAGAUUUGAUAAAAAAUGACAUUUUUAAAAUAGUGAUGGUGCUGUUUUUUACAUCAGUAAUGUCCUGACUAUACUUUGUGAUCAGCCGAAUGCCACUUUGGUGAAAUAAAGUACCAAUUUUCUUCCGAAAUAGCAAAAUCUAUACAUUAUUCCAAACUUUUGGCCACCAGUGUACAUGUUUGUUUCUUUAAGUAGUACAAAGUUCUUAACAGUCUUAAAGUGUGAAGUGUCCGUGUGAUGUGUUUCAUUAUAUUUUAGGGGACUGAGUGUUGUUUAGAAUGUGGAAUUAAAGACAUUUUCUUGCCUUAUUGUUGCUAUGACACUGUUUAAUAUGAACAAAUGUUAAGGUUAUUUCUAAACUCAAACUUAAAACUUAUUCAAGGUGGUAUAAAGAUAGAUUCACCCCUAAGGGGACAGCACACCACAAACAUGUGACAAAUGGACUUUAACGAUCAUUUUUACUGGCUGUCAAACAGCUUUUAUUCCACAUUAUACUAAUCCGUGACAAUCGUGGCAUAUGUGUUUAUUUGUCAUAAUUUAUCUGUGAUUUGAUUAUUGGUAGUAUAGUGUAUUCUGCCGUUAGAUCAUCAUGUUAAUAUGGUUGUACUGAUCAUCUGACCAGUUUGUUACAUAUCCAUCUUUAAUGUUUUGCAUUGCUUGUGAUAUAUGAUUUUUUUUUUGUAAUUGAUAAAUACGAAAAAUAAAGCAAAUUUCAUCAUA